AUGAACACGCUCAUCACAGAGCUUACCGAGGACGAGCUGUUGGUGCUCAGCGAAGCUCAGGAUGACUGCCGCUUCAACAGAGACCCGGCACUUUUCCCCGGCGCCGCAACGCACGGCAUCAGCCAUGAGGACAACAACGGUGACUCUGACAGCUGCCCGUUCAAGUCAAGCGGCAGCGAAGACCGCCACGCUCGUGGAGUACACUCGGAGUCUCCAAUUUCGAACUCUCAGGAAGCAACAGAUUUGGUGUACGUCAGCACGGAAGAGUAUGGUGCCGAGGAGGACGAGGCCGCGGGUGGAGUGUUUGUUUUGGUGUCGCAAAGGCGCGUAUUGCGUCCGCCGUUGUUGCUGCUUCCGUACGCAUCCUGA